CGUAAACGUAUUUGUUCAAGUUAUCUUUUUCUUGAAUUUAUUCUAUUUUUGUUCGGGCAAAGUAUUGUUAAAGCAAUGUCUGUUCAAACACUUUUCAAGCAGCAAUGUAUUGUUCCGGAUGUACUCACAACUGCUCCAUCAGAGUUAUUGGAUAUUCAAUACCCUAGCGGAGUUCGCGUGGACAUGGGUAAGGAACUUACUCCAACGCAAGUAAAGGAUAAGCCUGUUGUGAAAUGGACACCAAAGGAAUCCGAAUAUUACACUUUAGCUAUGGUUGAUCCUGAUGCACCAAGUCGUGAAAAUCCUAAGUUCAGAGAAUGGCAUCAUUGGCUUGUCGGGAAUAUUUUUGGAGGAGAUAUGAACAAAAGUGAAGUUUUAUCUGAUUAUAUUGGAUCUGGCCCACCAAAAGGUACAGGACUUCAUCGCUAUGUAUUCUUGUUAUAUAAACAGCCAGAGAAAUGUGAUUUUUCAAAAAUGCCAAAACUCCCAAACAACUCCGGAGACAAGAGAGGAAAGUUUUCCAUUGCAAAAUUUGCUCAACAAUAUAAACUAGGAACGCCUGUUGCCGGAAAUUUUUACGUUGCAAAAUACGACGAUUAUGUUCCAAAAUUGUAUGCCAAAUUGAAGGGCUAAUAAUAAUAUAACGAAAUAACGUUAUUUAAUUAUCGGUUAUUUGUAAAAAUUGCGCUCGUGAGUGAACAGCUUUAUAGAGGAUUCUUGUCUAUGGUGUGAUCGAUAAUUUCCGCCUCCGCGUGACAUUCUUUUUCGGCCCAAAUCCGCCAUUACAUUUUGGUGUUUGCGUAAAUUGGUCGUUUGCGUGCAUCGUUGUCGCGCAUUAUCAGUGCAGCCAGUAUCCGUGUUUGUGCGUUAUAUCGCAGCGUUUUGUGC